AUUAUCUUCAGACUAUUUUACCAGAUACCAUAUGCAUAUUUGACUUGCAUAGAGGCGGCACCAAUAACAAGUGGUUAUUUUACUUAAAACAAGUUUACAACAGAUAUUGUGGACCCACUAAGAGUGAACAUGACGGCUUUGAUGACAACAUUGGUGAUUGCAAUAAUAGUCACAUUUGGAAUAAAUGUCAGAGUUGCAAAUGGAAAAGUGAACUGGUAUCAUGAAUUUUCAAAAUGUAAUACGAGUCUUACAAAUGUAAAGAUAGAACUGGCACAGUGCAAAGGGCAGCAAGGGCCGAUAAAAGAAUGCCCAUUGGGUUUCACGAAAAACGAGAAAUUUGGAUCUUGCUACAAUUUUGUGACACGUCAGAAAAUGAUUUGGAUCCACGCGUUGGCAUUCUGCACUGCACUAGGUGCAAACCUGGCUGCCAUUGAAACACAGGAGGAACUGACAUUUAUUCAAGAAGAAAUUGUUCGCAGAGGUGUUGCAUCUCCUGGGUCAAAUGCUGAUUCAUUUUACACGGGUGGGACAUCGAUCAAUGGCGCAUGGGAAUGGAUUGGUGGGCCGUCUUGGCCGACAAAACCAAUGGAGUUCGCCCCAUGGGUGAAUGGACAGGGUGCAACUGGCGAUCAGCUAUGCCACACCCUCUGGGCUCCAUGGGGAUAUCUUUGGGGUGAUAUCCACUGUACAAGCACCUAUGUCACCAACUUCAUAUGCGAGAUUACACUUGAUUAAACUAGAUGAGAAUGCAAAAAUAAACCUGGAUGGACUGAGAUAUACAGGCGACAAGAACAAUCCAUUCUCAAUUGUGCAAUUGUAGAUUGAAAUAAAUGUCUAGAAUAUGACAGACAUCAAUCACGAUAUUUUAA